AUGUGUGACAAUGAUGGGAACAAACGCAAAAACGCGCUGGAAGCACUGCAGUGCAAUAUGGACGUAGAAGGCUAUGGAAAUGAAUGUGCCUCGGACAGCGACAGUGAUGUCGCCAGAACUGGGGCAGCGGAGGGCAUGGAAAUUAUGUUGAACGACGUGGACGUUUACGCGUCAAUCUAG